UGUAUCAAAACAUCAGUGGUGCAAAACAAGUUCAAUGUGAAUUUUGCAAAAAAAUAAACUGCAGAAAUUUAUCCAUGUGCAUGAAUAGAUAAUAAUAAAAUAAUGUAUAGUUUUACUAGUUUGAGCAAGUUGUUAACUCGAAAACUUUCACUAAAUUUGCCAAUUUCAUGUCGCGUUGUCCACAAAGUUUCAUGUUCACAAUUAAAUUUCUCUUCACGACACGCCGGCUCGUCGCAAUCACUCGCAGUGGAGACCAGCCCCACCACUUCAGUCAACAAAAGUAAGCCCUCCUUCCAAGAUGAUAGCGGUGACGAGACAAAAUUGACCGAGGAUUUAGUAGAGCAUUUGGAACGCACUAGUCUCGUACAUUUCGACAACGAAGAGGCCCUACGACGGCUGGAAGAAGCUCUACAGUUCGCCAACACCCUAUUUGAAGUUGACACCACGGGGGUUGAGCCCCUGACUUCGGUAUUAGAGAAUGAAAGUCUGUAUCUGAGAGAGGAUAACGUUGAACCUACAAAUCGACAAGACGUAUUGGCCAAUGCAUCCAUUACCGAGGAAGAUUACUUUGUCGCACCCCCUGGAAAUAUACCAUUAGACUCGACUUUAUUGAAAAACAAUAAAUAACUGAUAAUGUAUAUUCUAAAAGAACUUGUCCUUCCUCUAGUCUACCAGAAUAACGCAUUAAUUCGUGUAUAUAGAAUAUUAUAUGAAGUGUCGUCCUACUUUAUUUGUUAUUGAUUACUAGAAUACAAUAAAUAAACUCUCCAAUUAAAUAUUA